CGGAACAAAAGAAAGGACGUUAAAUGUGUGUUGUUUACAAGUCAAUUAUGCCCCGAAAAUGCGACUUUUCAUGUUCAUUUUAACACAUGACAGAAAAUUAGAAAAGAUCAUGGAUUAAAGCAGUUAACAUUUUACAGCAAUUCUUAAUAUGGCACUGUUAGAAUACAGUGAAGAUUUCGAGUUGGAUGAUGAUGGAAUUUUGAGAGAUUCUAACUCACCUGGUAAUUAUUUGAUAGAUGAUGAUGGCAUUUUAAGAGACGAUUACGACAUUCAUGAUUCAGGAAAAUACGCUUCAACCCAUUGGACCGACUCUGGAUUUGGAGGUAGUAAACAAUCAGCAGGAAGUUCUUCAACGUUACGACAAUUUGAUUUACAAUCCUAUCCAAGUUAUGAUAGUGUUUCUCACCCUUUAGAUGAUGACCAUGAAAAUAUCAGUGACCUUGAGGCAUCAAAAGAUGAUUUAAGUUUUGAUCAGGAUGGUUACUCUGGUUAUGAUGAGAAUGGACAUGAGAGAGCGCAGACACCGAUAAAUGAUAAAUAUAACGAUAAAUCUGUGAGGAGUAGCCAUAGCAGCUACAAUAAUUCUUUAACUUAUGAUGAUACUGAAAAUCUAAGACGAUCAACAGACUCAGGAAAGGAACUAUUUGAUGAGGAGUAUUACAAACAGUUAAGGGAAUUAGGUGUAUUAGUAGAUGGUGCAGAUUUAGUUGAUGACAAAGACUCACUUCAAGAAUUUGAACAUUUGGAGGAGCAUGUUUCAAAGGAUGAUAUAAACUUUGAGGAAAAAGAUGACGGACCUGCAUUUGAUGAUUAUUUAAGGGCAACACCUACACCACAAGAAGAAGAGUACCAUGAUGAUUCUGUUGUCCCUGAUAUAAGUAGGAGUCAAAUUCAUGGUCACGAAUACCAAACAUCAAAUACACGUCCUACAACAGCUACAUCUUUGAGGACAUUAAGUCGAGGAUCAUUUCCUGAGAUAAGCCCAGAAGAAGCUUUGGAAUUAUAUAAGGAAAAUUUAGAAUCUCGUGACUUCGGAGAUGCAACCAGCAUAGAUUUUGAAAACAAUUCUCAGAGAACAAAUGAUGAUGACGAAAUAUUUCUAAUAACAAGUAAAAUAUCUGAUACCCCUAAACCAGCGAAAAUAAGGGCAUAUCAAAAUGAAAGAGAUGUUCCUUCAAGGAGCCCAAGUUAUAGAAAAGGAGACAAAGUAAAUCAAAGGAACAGGUCGUUUGAUCAGUCUUUUGAAAGAACAGAAAGGGAGAUUAGAAAUCGCGGACCACCAAAACAAGAUGGUAGACAUACUGAAGAUGACUCAUUUGAUGUAUCAGACUAUGGUAGUAGGGGUAAUACUCCCUUCAGCAGAGAAGGAUCAGUGACUCCUGAUAAAAGGGACUGGAGAAGGUCAGGUUCUAUAACCCCAACACGACCUGAUUCUGUAACUAGUCAAAGAUCAUCUGCUUCUGACAGAGGACCUAAAACACCUAUCCGUCAACCAUCACUGGGAAAUUUAUCAAAACAAAACACAAAACAGACUCACUCAGCAAAAGGUGGAAGUGAGAAGGAACAAAAUUCUGAGAAAAUGCCCCCAAAACGACUUUUACCUAAACCUACAGCCCAAGAUGACAAUAAUAAAAAUUUCAGGGUUAAAAGUAAAAGCACAACAAAUAUUGCUGCAAAGUUUGGCCCUGUUAAGCCAACUCACAUGUCGCUAGUAGAUUUAUCACAUAUCAAUAUUGAUCAUGGAGAUACUGAACAUGAUGAUGUCAGUGGCUCAUCGGACAAAGCUAAAGUUGAACUCUCAUCAAAACUCAAACAGGAAUUUCAUAAACGUAAGCAGGCAACAGAACUUGUGCAGCAACUGCAGAUGGACUAUGAUAAGCUUCUUUCUAAAUAUGCCUUAGCUGAACUUACAAUUGACCAGCUUCGACUUGGAGCUAAAAUUACUCUUCAUUCUGAUUCCCCUACUCCUGGUCAAGCUAUGUCAGGAACUUUACCAGGGGCUCAACAGCAGCAGAUGUUACAGCUUGGACCUGGACGUGCUGUAAAAUCACCUUCACCUUUCCAAGGCUCUAUUGCUAGUCCGUUAUCUCAAGAAGUUUCCAGAGAGGAGGAUAGCCUUACAGCUGAAUUAAACAAUGAACGACUACAGGAACAGAGAUAUAAAGCAAGAAGUCAGUCAGAUUCUGGCUUACUUAAUGGCCAUUUGGGUCUGUCAGAAAGUAGAACACAGGAAAGUGGUGCUGAGAGUGUUAAAAUGGGAUUGUUGUUCCAAGCACGUAGUUUGGAUGAUAGGAUGGAAUCAUUCAAAACUUUGUUGGAAGAGAAACAAUUAACUCAUGAAGAAAAGGCUAAAGUUUUUGAUCAGGUCAGAACAAACCAUGAAAGACUGAGACAUGACUAUUUACAGUCAAAAGAAGACUAUAACGUUCUGAAACGGUCACAGCCUAAUUUAACUGAUAUUAACUUUGAUGGAGACAAAGAGUUAGAAGGAGAAUUGUUUAGACUUGGAAUGAAAUUUGAUGAAAUCCAUGAAGCUAUUGAACAAAGUGAAAAAGAAAAAGCCUCAGAGCGACAACCUUUUCAGAAAAAAAUGGUUGAUGCAAACACUUCUGACAUGUCAGAUGUUAAUUCUAGCGACCAUGAAGGUAGGUCUGUUGACCAAAUGAAAAAGAAAAUGAAAGGGACCAUAGCAGGUGAUGACUUGAUUAAACCAAGGGAGAAUACUGAAUUUGAACAGAAAGUGAAACAUUUACAUGAGGAAUAUAGUGCUCUAAUGGAUAGGUAUCGUAGAUUGAAGCAAAUGGCUCAGACACCAGAGAGGGAAGAGGAAAUAGAUAAUCUCGUUCGUAAACUAAGAAAUAUUUGUGAUGAUGAACCCGACAUCUUUAGAAUGCCAAGGGAAUUGCAAGAAAGUUCCUCACCAGAGGAAAUAGAUAGUGAUGAUGGGUGGGAACAAAUACAUGAUGGUGACGAAGAAGCUAGACUCCUAGGAAGGCGACGCCCAUCAGAGGCCGUAUCAGAAAACGGACCUAUACAAAAUGGAGUCAGAAGAAAAGAACCUUAUGCAAGUGUUGAAAAUCAAAGUUUUAUAAGGGGAAGAGAAAAUAAUCCUAAUGCAUCUAUGGAAAACGCUCUGGAAAGGUCAAGGUCACACCAGGAUAUGAAUGGAGAUCUUACAAGAGAAAGUGGAUUACCAGGAUCCUAUAAUUUUUCUGGAAGUCAAGGUAGCUUAUCAUCUAGAGACAGUAGAGGGAGAUCACCCAGGGAGUUUGAUCGUUCAUUUGAUAGAGAUUCACCUCAUUUACCUCGCCCAAGAAGACAUGAUCUUAGAGACCCUAGACGAAUGGAUAGAAAAAAGCAUAGUAUGUCUGGAAGUAUGCAGAGUUUACAGGAUAGUGGAAUAUCAGACCAAGAAAAUGGGGCCACAGGAGGUGGACCACUGUCAAAUAUUCCAGGUCCAGGCAAAUUUAAAGAGAUGACCAAACAAAGGAAUGCUCCUGAUGCUGACAGUGGUUUCAUUGGAUCAAUUGUUGGGUCAGAGGUCAGUCAACUCUCAGCAAGGCAACAACAACAACAGCAGCAGCAGCCAUCGUUGAGACUGAGAGGUCCUCCUGCUUCACCAAGACCCAGUUCAAGACAAAGAGAUUCAGACAGUUCAAUGGCAAGUGCUCGUGUAAGAAAUAAGGAUCGUCCACCAUCAAGGGAUUCUAAUCGUUCAAGGAAUAGGAAAGACCAAUCUGUGCAGUCCAGAGAUUUUACUGACGAUAGCUAUACUCUUACCACAGAAAGUGAGAUGAGUUUUGAGAUCCCAUCAGAACGACGUAGCAAUAGAGGUGGUAGAAAAAGGGGAGGUAGUUUGGAGAAUACAAUAGAAGAGGAAGAAGAAGGAUCAUCUGUAACUUUUACUACACUGGAUGAAAGCAGAGAUUCCCAUCAGCCCUUUUUGAAUUUAGGUCGCCGUUCAGCAGAUCGGAAGGAGAGGCCUAGGUCAAAGCUUAGUCAACAUUCUAGAGCAAGUGUUAGAUCACAGGACAAAAGAUCUCCACACAAAUCAAAACAGAAAGCUGCAAAAGCUACUAAAAUGUCUGAUGAUGAUUUGACUCCUAGAGCUACACCAAAUCAAAGUUUCUCGAAUAGUUUUAAUCGAACCAGUGAACUUUAUUCGUCAGAGGAAGAAACUCCUCGACCAUCAUCUUUAAACAGAUCUGCACAAAAACUGAAACCCAUGAAAGCCUUUCCAAUAGACCCUAGACCAGAUUCAAGGUCAAAGGUUGAAAGGCCAUCAACUCCAAGGUCAAAAGGAGAGAGAACUCCAACUCCUAGAUCUGGGAGAGCAGAAACUCCAGUGAAGAAGCAAGAUAUUCAGAAAACUGAGAUUGUACGACAGAAUAUGAAACCAGAAGUGAAAGACAUGGCUGUAGGUUCAGAUAGUGAAGACACAGUUGAAGAGUCUAUAGCAGAGACAACUGCUACUCGAGGCUCAACAGGAAGUGACAGACUGAAAAUAUUACAGGAUGAAAUAGGAAGAUUGAGGGAGGAAUUUCAAAAAGCAACAAACCAGCAGCGACAGGCUUUACAGCAACAACUGCAACAGCCACAACCUAUUCCUCAACAAACCAAUCAAAAUCAAGAUCAGUAUUUUGACCCUACAGAAGACCCCUAUGCCUUCAUGAGAGGACCAAGAAGAAGAGCUAACUCUUUUUCAGGUGGUCCAACAAGAGAUUGGGAUGAGUGGUUACGUUAUCCUCUACAACACAAUGCCGAUGGAGAUAUCCCACUUGGUUAUGCUGCAGCCGAUUCAUAUGCUCAGCGUCCUCCACCACCCGAAGUAUUACCUGAACCACCCAGAUCUCGACAGAGAACUCGUAAUAGAAGAAGACAUCGACAAGGAGGGGUUACAAUAGAAACUCAGACCAUGAAUGGUUACGAUUCUGACCAAUCACCAACUAGAGCAACUGCAUCUACUGUAACAGAGGACCACUUAUUAGAAUAUUAUGUGCCUAGAUAUUACACAACAGGGACCCAGCAAACUCAACCACGGGCCCCUAAUAUGCAGAGAUAUUCGUCUCAGCCAAAUCUUGCAUUUACAACUACCCCUCCCCCUCCACCAGCUCCACCUAUGUCAACUCACAUGCCAACAAGCUCUUAUGCCACACCUAUAUCUGCUGGGUACAGAACAAGGAGACAAGCACAACAAAGACAAGUGCAUACAUCGCCCUAUCAAAGACUAUAUUCUUUUGAUGACCUUGAUGCAAGGGAUCAAGGUCAAGCUCAGCCUGCAGGAUAUGUGCUUGUUGAACCUCAGGCUGGACAGACACCAAGACCUGCUCCACCCCAGUAUUCUGUGAGGACUGAGACAUGUCCUAUGUGUGGAGGAUCAUCUUACCACACCCAUGGUGAUUAUGUAUAUGAAGUGCCAGUGGAGAGACCGCCAGUGGCAUAUAUGGUACAAGGUGCUCCAAGAGGUAAACCACCACGACCAAGAAGAAGAUCUAAAUCAGCCUCAUCAAGGGUCCGACAUUAUUCUCCAGAUGGCAGAAACAGAGCAAAAUAUAUUGUUAAAGAAUACUACACAGAAAGUUCAAGUGCUGAAUCUGAAGAUGAAAUCCAUGUCAGAAGGGGGAGAAACAGAGGAAGAAAAGGGAGAGGAAGAAAAUACAGAAAGGCACACUCAGUUUCUGGCUUGCAUGUUAGGGCUAGAUCAGACUAUGAGGAUGAACUGAACAGGUCACUGAAUUUGACAGAAGAAAUCGAUGGUUUGACUAGAAAAAUGAUGGACACAGUGGAUGGAGAGCUACGACGUGCAGGACGGAAAAAAGAAUUUCGCUCAUCUAUUUGGUAGCACAGGGAAAUCUCUUGUAAUUAUUAGAAAUUUUUUAAGCUGUGAUAUUCCUUAUAAGGUUCAAAACAAACAAUAGAACUAAUUUGAGAUAUUUGUAGUUAAGAAAUAAUUAACCAAGAUGACUUAGCUCAGCUGUGAGAGAUGAGAAACUUUAGUUGAUGCCUUUCAUACAUUAAAUGAUUGCCCAUGACAAUAUAAUUUAAAAAGUGCUGGUGCUUUAUAUACAAAAAGAAAACUAUAUCCUUUAGCACCUUAGAGCAUAUGAUAUGAUAUAUAGCUUCAUUAGUAUUGUAUUAUGAUGGAAGAAGUUGCAUUUAUAGAUGUUUUUAAAUGUUUGACCAAUCAACUAUAUACAUUGUCUGUGAUAUUUUUAAUUUAUUAUAACUUAUUUAUAUAUAGUUUUUAUGUUUAUACAGAUUUGUCUUUAACAAGGAUGCUUGUUAAAACUAUUGAAUGAAAAUUUAAUGAUAUUUCUUAAUUUAGAAGUUGCAAUACUUUGAGCAAAUUAAAAUAAAAACAUUAUUCAGCAAAAUGUUGCAAUUUCUUUUUUUUUAAAUAUUAACAUUCAUUAAAAUAACAGAAUUAAUCAGAAUAUCAUUUUCAUUUUUCAUUUAAUCAGACUGUGAUCUGUAUUUUGAUUUUUUAUUUGUCUUUAAUGUCUCAAUUUUUACACAAAUAAUUUUGUUAUUUUUAAUUCCAUCCAGUUAAUACUAAUUUUGGUAUAUGCUACAAAGUUUUACAUUUUUUCUUGAUUUUUUUUUAUUAAGAAUAUGUUCCAUUCCAGAUAAACAGAUUAUGUUUUUUUUUGUAUAAUAUUUUAUUAUGUUUCAUUUUUUAUCUGAUUCCAUCCAUUUUAUUUAUGUCUGUGAUUGAUGUUUUAUUUUAUGCAGUAUAUGUUUAUCUUCACAGUGGUAUUUAUAAUGAUAAUAUGUUGUAUAUUUUUUCUUUCCGUCCCACACAUAUCAGUAUUUUAUUUUGUUAAACUGCAGUUACUAUUAUUAGCUAAUACACAUUCAUUUGGAUUUCAUGUUGGAGCGAUGUGAAGAUAGAAAUGAACUUAUCAUUCUCUUUAUAUUAUUAAUAUCAAGUCUUUACCUGGUACUAAAUUUAUAUUAUUAAUAUCAAGUCUUUACCUUGUACUAAAUUUAUAUUAUUAAUAUCAAGUCUUUACCUGAUACUAAAUACCAUAUCAUUUUGUCAUUUGCUUCAAUGAAUUUUUGCUGAAAUUUGGUAGAAAAGUAAUGAUGAUGAAAAUUAGCAGAAUUAUAAGUGGAUAUGCUACAUUAAUGGUCUCACAAGAGUUUUUCCCUUUAAAAUGAAAUGACUAAAAUGGAAAUAAUGUCAUAUGAUUACUUUUGUAAUAUCAUAACAUUGUCAUUGAGAUCAUAAAAUUUCAUUUUGUGGUUGUCCACUGUAUUGGUUCUGUCAUGUGUAAAUGUUUUCAAAUGUUAAAACGGUGUUUUUAAGCUGUGAAAUUACCUCAAUUCUUAAAAAACAAACCUGAACUGCAAACUUUAAUCUAUAGUGCAAGUUAAAAGAAACCAGGAACUAAAUGUUUUGUUUUUUGAAGCCUCUUACUACUCAAGUUGAUAAAAAUACAAAUAAACACUUAAUGUCCUUUUUGUGUGAGCAAGUAGAUAUGUAAAAAAGGAACAUAGUCUGAAUAUAAAUGCACACCAUUGGUUGAUUUAGAUAGAAGUGGUUUGGGGUUUGGAUCGCUCUUAAGUCUUUUUUGUUACUUUCUGUCUUUACUAUUUCAAGAAUAAUAUUAUUUAUUUAAAAUUUAUUUACCAAUGAAAUAUAUGUCAUUUGGUCUCUGAUGGAUAGUUGUUUCCUUGGCAAUCAUAUCACAUCUUUAUAUACAUAGUUCCAUAAAUAAAACAAAAUCUAAUCAUAUAAAUAUGUUGAAUCAAAAGAAAAAGCAUGAAGAGUUAUUACCUAAAUUUCUAUUCGAAAAUAAGUGUUUAAAAAUCACUAAAUAUUUUUGUAAUGGCAUUUUGAUACAAAUUUAGUUGGAAAUAAUGUAUGAAUAUAUUGUAGGAAAAUCAAAACUUAAUUAAAAUGCAGUAAAACAUAUUCAUGUAAAUAUUUUUCAUAUUUUUUUUUACAUUUUUCUGUUCAUAGCCAUUUUUUAUUUACUAUCAUGAACCAUAAACGAUUUUUUUUUCAUAACAAUAACAAAAUUCAAUACAUUUUCAUAUUUGUUAAAUGACAAAGCUAAGGUACUUAAAACGGUUAACAGCUUAUAUAAGGUUGAAAUGGUCAGUUGUCAUUAUUUCUGAUAUACCUCGGUACUUUUGUAUUAUUUUAUGUGCUUCAAUGUAUUCUGAAUCUAUUAUUUUAUUUCUUUUAAAAAGUAGAAUUCAGUUUUAAGUGUCUUUGAAAAGGUGAAAUGGAGAGCUCUGUGAUCACAAAACACAUAAAAUACACUUAACAAUGAAACAUUCAUAAAACAGUUCUUAAAAUGUACAAAUUUCAUCUUAUAUAUUACUCUUUCAAAAGAGUUAUUAUUUAUUUUAAAUAUUUGAGUGUCUUAGUGUUAAUCCACCUAGAAUACAUCUUAUUUUAAUGUACCGUUAAACAUUUAAUAUUUGCAUGAUUAUUUAAAUUUUGACCUAUUUACAUAUGCAUUAAUCAUGAUCAGUAUUUAUUUGACUUUUAUUAUGAAUGACCAUUAAGGAAAAGUGUAUGUUAGAGGUUAUCAUGAAAGGAGAGUUGUGAUAAGACCAUUUUCUGGUCCUUGGAAUCCAAAUUUCACUAUGUAAUAAAUAUAUCAGUUAUCAUCCUUAACAUGGAUUUUUCAGAAGUUUAAAAUACAUGCAAUAUUUUCUUACAUAUUACCAUUUGGCCCUUGAACUUGAUAACUUUAAGAUGUCUUUUAUAAAGAUAAAAAAGCAUUAUAAAUCAUAUCCUUUCUUGGGGGUCACAUAUUAAUUACUACCGAACACUAUGCCAAUUAUGAAUUAUUUAUGAUAUCACUUUUAUGCCAUAAUGGAAUUUGUGUACUGAAAUUGCCAUAUCUUUCAUGUUGGUAUUUUUAGGGUCCAGAAAAAAAGACUCUUAUCACAUCUCAUCAUAUUGGAGUUACACAAACAAGAUUUAUCAAUGUAUUUUAGAGAGAGAAAUACAAAUAAAUUAUAUUUAUCUACAA